CUGAUAAGUUUUAUCACAUGUACUGGACACGAUUAAAUAUAUCGUAUCCAAAUCUAGGGUAAGGACUGAAGAAGUGACAGAAAGAAGAGAUAAAAGGUUGUGUAGUGAAUGGAAGAAACAACUUUUUAAAGUUAACGCUGAGAGAAAACAUGACAGCACAGAAGAAACCAUGAAAUUACACAUGGCUCACAGACGUCAUGAGAGGUUUUUGUCUACACUGUUCAGCUGUACGAAACGGGGGCUCCUACGGGGGCGGCACAGUCGGCAAAACUAUGAGGAAAGACAUGAACCAAUCCAAGAAAAAAAUUGUUCAACAGAAGCUAUACCAUUGUCUACAACAGAAAAUGAAGAAAUAGAGGAUCUUAAAAACAAGUUACAUGAAAUGGAAGAAAGAUGUCAAACAUUGGAAGAUUCACAAAACGUUGGCUCUGCAACACCCGUUGUUCCAUUUAUCGAUGAUGUGAAAUGUCACGUGGACGCUCAGAAAGAAAUGGAAGAGUUGGAGUUAACUAAUAAGAGGUUAGAGAAAGAGAAAUCAAAACUACAACAGGAGCUCAAUUCAAAAGAAGCGAAGAUAAAACAUCUCAGGGAAGAAAUUGAAAAGCAAGAUGAAUUGUUCAGUCAGCAACAGGCUCAACAUGUAGACAUUCUGAAAAACCUUUCUGCAGCAAACAGGGCUAAGGUACUUCUAACAGCCAGACUAGCAGAUCAGGAAAAGAAGAUAUACGAGUUGGAACAAAGUUUAGAACUACCUAUUUCUGUCAGAAUAGAGCACAGAGAAGAACUGAAGGUUGUGAAAGAAGCUAUUUCCUGUUUGAGACUGUGUUUUGCACCUACUGACCCAUAUCAACAUACAUUAGAUACCAUCGAGCAGAGUCUAGCAUCCUUGUUAGAAAGGGUUAAUGCUCUAGAAGAAGCUCAGAUAAAUCCACAAAUGUCAAAACACCAUAAUGGUGAGUUUCAUAAUACCUCUGGACAUGGCUCCCAACAUUCACCUGAUGAAGUUGUCCACAAUAAUCCCCAAGUUUCUUAUAACAAAUUACAAGAUGUACACUUCAGUGACAGAAGCAGAGUUACAAAAGUUGUGUAUUACACAGAAAAGUCAACCACACCUUUCUUGUCCAUAAUACCAAAAAGGAUUGGUGAUAUCAGUCUUGGCGAUUUCAAGAUGUUAUUUAACAGAUCAGGAAACUUUCGUUACCAUUUCAAAACCUUUGACAAAGAGUAUGGGGCAAUAAAGGAAGAGGUUCUCCAUGAUGAUGAGAUUCUUCCUAGCUGGGAUGGCAAGAUUAUUGCUUGGAUUGAAGAGGACCUUGACUAGGUUCACCCAGUAACUUACUGUAGAGAUGUUUAUGCAGUAUCUUGUAUUCAUCCAUAUAACUUGUGCAAAAAAAUUAGAGGAAAGUAGAGCACUAAAUCUGAAGCAUACAAAGUCUCCAAUAUGGCAUUAAUGUACAAUUUCUUAUUUUGAUAUAUGUUUUUAGUUGCAAGUUAAAUUUAGCAAAGUCCAAUGAAAAAAAUGAGCAGUCAGAUAUGAUAAAGUCAGCCCAAAAUAGAAAUUAUAUACUAGAGGGAAAAUGUUCUCCUCUUCUUAAUCUGUGACAGUGUUGAUUCUAGCAAUUAAAUGUAGUUAUGGUUCUUUUAAUUUAUAUUGUUAUAUGCUUGCAAAUAACAAAAUGUUAAGCAUUGAAUUAUCAAAAUUUAAACAAUUACUUUUCAAAAUCAAAUAUUAUUGUGUAAAUGUAGUUAUGUUAUGACUAAUGAUUAUGUUAGUAUUUAAUCUUAUCAAUCAGAAAAAUGAAACUUGUGCAGUUUGAACUUGAUAAUUGAGGGGCAAGAAAUCAUGUUAUAUUAAAGAAUAUAAUAAUAUAAAAUUGGAUUCUACAAAAACGUUUUUUGUACUAACAGAGAAAUGGUGAAUAAAUGAUAAAGCAAUAUUUUUUAAAGAGGUCAAGAGCAGUUUUAGAGGGGCCAGGCUUGGUGGGCCUUCCCAAUGGCUACAAGCCUGUUUAAAUCUUUGGCUAUUUAAAUAAAAUUGUUUAAUAAUCCAAGACUAUGUGCUUGGUAGACUUAAAUAAUUUGGCAUAAUAUUUUAGUAGGAAAACUGUUGGAGCUUUAUCAUGCCUGAUAUUUUGUUGAUCAAAAUUCAGAGUGCUAUGAUUUUUAGUUCGUAACUGUUUGUUUAAUGGAUAUAUUUAAUGAACCCAGUGUAUUUUAAACACAAGGCUUUUUCUGUAUUCCAAAAUUUAGUUGAAAGCUUCCAAUUCUUUUCAGUUUAAAACCAAAAACAUUAAUUGAUGCACUGUUUUUAAUUUUUUAUUGAUUGGAUCUACUAAGAAAGAUGUAACAAAUUGAACAAGUUUUUCUGAAUAAAUGCCGUGAGGAGUAUGUUUAUUGAAAUUUGUGAUGGUAAAAAAAAUAAAUAAAUUGGGAAUGGUGAUACCUGAAAAAUAUAACUGUUUUAUUUUUUGUUAAUUUGUACUUUUGGUUCUACUUUCAGACCAUAUUUUUUAGAUUAAAUUUCUCUUUUUACACUGAUUAUCCUCUUAGAGUAUCUUCAGGGUAUCAGUUUUUGGAUUGAAUCAUUUGAACUGCUGUAUUUUUUCCUCAUUAAACUAAUAAGACAUGUUUUUUAUUUGUUUUCUGGAAUCAAAAGAAAAUGAGGAUAACCUGUAUUUAGGAAUUAUUAUUCUGAUGUGGAUAUUUCUUCAAAAAUUUGACUUUAGCCAAUAAUCAUGCAGUGCCAAGAUGUGUAUACUUAAGUGUAUGUUUGUGUUUAAGACUACAUUUAAUGGUAAUAGUUGAUUGUUACAAUUUGCAAAUAGAAAAGGCAAAUUAAAAGUAGCAGUCGUAGUGAUUUACAAAUGAUGGAUUUAGUUAUUAAAAGUAUUAUGUAUCUUGUACAUAAAAUCCUGUAACAAUAGAAAGACAAAGGAAUAAAUAUAUUGGUAUGACAAAGUA